AUGCUGGUCGACUACACAGACUCGGAAUCGGACUCCAAUUCGAUUUCAGACGCCGGCCAGACCGAAAAAUGUAACCACGACAAGCAGAACGGUAGUGGCGACAGGACUAGAAAGCGCAAGGCUCAAGGAGAACAAGGAGAUAGAGAUACAGAACCCGUCCGAGCCAAAGUCAAGUCGAAGCCGCCUCCACAACUUCCAUCCUCCUUCCACUCACUAUACGCCACGAACGUGAGGACUUCGGCUACAGACGAUCCCUCGCUGCACGCCGGAAGAACGCGUCAAGUCCCUCACGUCGUCGGGAAUUGGCCGACACACGUCUAUCUGGAAUGGUCUCCCUCCAAAUCCGAGGUCGAGAUCCUUGACAAAUUGCUCAAGAGCGCAGAAGCUGCUCUACAGUCAAUGUCGAGCCAUAGCAUCCAAGACGUCAAACUACACAGCUUCCUACGCUCAGAGUUGGGAGCCCUACUGCCCCUUCACGUCAGUCUAUCCGCCCCCCUAGUAUUGAAGACGGAGCAGAAAACCGUGUUUCAACAAAGUCUGGUCAACAAAGUGACCAACAGCCAUCUGAAGCUGAAGCCAUUUACGGUCGAAGUGGUUGGACUCGACUGGGUCGCCAAUCAGGAUCGGUCGAGGUCCUUUCUGGUUUUGAGGCUCAGCAGGCCUGAGAACGAUGAGUUGAACACGCUCUUGUCAGCGUGCAAUGGCAUCGCGCGACAGUUUCAAGUCCCCACGCUCUACGACGACGCUGAUGAUGGAAUAUCGAAACGCUCGCGCCGAAACGUUGAUAGGUCGGGCGCGUUUCAUAUCAGUAUUGCUUGGACUUUGCAGGUGCCGGACGAUCAGAAACAAAAGCAACAGCAAGUCAGGGAUCUUGGGGUGGAUGAAUGGCGUGGACUAAAAAUCAAAUUCUCGCUUUUGAAGCUCAAAAUCGGCAGUUCUGUUACGGACAUUCCGUUUGUGAAACGUUGA